AUGUAUCACUACGCUUGCUGUGGACUGACAAGGCAAACCCACGACACUAUUCUGGCACACACCAUUUGGAUAUGCAGUGAGUGUAAAACUACCGUCAACAACCGCUCGCUGAAGGAAAUUUGUUCCAACGAUGAUGGUAUCACGGCUAUCGAUGACCUCAAACAGCAGAUGCACGAGCUGAAUGGAAACGUCCAGUCAUUGUCCGACACCGUGUCCGCUUGUGUCAACAACUCGAAGUCUGGAUUUCAAAAGCUUGAUCGUCAACUGGAAGAUACCAACAACAAAAUUGAAAUGUUCUUGGAGAAAGCCGGAAUUGUGGAAGAUGCAGCCAGUCACCAAAGAAAUCAACAACAUCAGAAACAUCGAACCGGGGAAGCAACGUUCGCCGAGCAAGGGGCUGCGGAUAUCAAUAUCGACGGUCUGACUGCUCCACGUUUACUACCCGAGGAAUCCACAUCGCUGUUCUGGCUGCAUCUCUCUGGGUUUCACCCUCAAGUGUCCGUUGAGGAUAUCCACAAAGUGGUGGAAGGCUGUUUGAAUAUGAGCGACACUGUGAAAGCGGUGAAAUUGGUGCCCAAGGAUAAGGACCUCUCUAGGGUAACGUUUAUCUCCUUCAAAAUUGGAUUACCGCUCGAUUUCAAAGACACUGCAUUGCUACCCGAAACCUGGCCAAAAGGAAUUUGA